AUGCUAAUAAUUCUUGGCUCUCUGCGUAUCCAGAACAAAGACACUGGUGAAUCCAUAAACAUUAAUAAUUCACUUGACUUAUCAAUUCACAGACUUCAAUGGAGCCUAAGCAUAUCCUCUGAAACUUAUAUCCUCACCAUUAAUGAUGGUAGUGGUGAAAAUUUUUUUGUUGAGUUUCAAGUUGUUCAAGGAAAGUCCCUUGACAAAGGAAACAGCAGGGGCAAUAUGAAUGUAAGGGAAAGUACGACUAUCAGUCCGGUGCAAGGCAAAUUAAAUGAUCCAAGCAAUUUGAAACCACCAGGACCAGGGAUUUCCUUUGCUAAACCUGAGAGAGUCACGACUGUUACGUGA